AUGGCGGAGGGCGGGGCGCUGCGAUUCCUCCAGCAGCUGAGCGAUCUCGAGCGGCUGGGCGUGCCGAAGGACGCAGGCACAGACACGAGCAAGGGGUUUGAUCUUGGGAGAAUGCGCCGCCUGGUUUCUAGCCUCGGGAAUCCUCUCUCGAAAUUUCCAGUAGUGCACGUCGCUGGUACCAAAGGAAAGGGAUCGACUGUUGCGUUUCUCAGCAGCAUUUUGCGUGCUGCUGGGUUCUCCGUGGGAACUUAUACGAGCCCGCAUUUGAGGAGCAUUCACGAGAGAAUCUGCGUGGGAAAACCAAUCUCGACAAAUGGAUUGGAUGAUUUGUUUUGGGGUGUUCGUGAAUCAUUGCUGAAAGUAAUUGAAGCUGAAAACCAUACGCUUACUCAUUUCGAGGUUUUUACAGCCUUGGCAUUCAAGUACUUUGCACAAGAGAGUGUAGACAUUGCCGUUGUUGAGGCAGGUCUUGGUGGCGCAAGGGACGCUACGAAUGUGAUUGAUUCGGAAGGCCUUGCAGCGUCCGUCAUUGUUUCAAUUGGCGAAGAACAUCUGGAAGCGUUGGGCGGAAGUCUAGAAAGCGUCGUUUUAGCGAAAGCAGGGAUUAUCAAGGAAAGACGUCCGGUUGUUCUUAGUCGUCAGGUGAGCCCUGUUGCUGAGAGUAUCAUAAGGACACAGGCAUCGGCAAAGAAUGCUCCCGUCUUUAGUGCCUUUGGGAAGAACGUACAUGGAAUUAUCAAAAGCAUUCGAACGGAUGAAAGUGAUUGCUUUCAAGUUUGCGAUAUGCGUAUACGAUGUGCAGGCGAGAAUUUAUUCUUAGACAAUUGUAGAAUGCGUAUGUUUGGUUCUCAUCAAGUGGACAACGCGUUAACAGCAGUCUGUGCUGCACUGUCCCUUCGAGUGGAAGGCUGGCGUAUCCCAGACGCGGCGUUUCAAACGGGCCUGGAGCAAACAAAUAUAUUGGGGAGGUUCCAGAUUCUCACCCAUGAACAAGUAAAGAGCCUCGGGUUUACUUCAGCGAGGGUCAUAUUAGAUGGAGCACAUACUCCCGGAUCAGCAGCAGCACUCGGAACCACCUUGAAAACUGCAUUUCCCUCGCGACCUCUCAUACUGGUGACCGCAAUGGCUUUGGACAAAGAUCACUUGAAAUUCGCGUCUGCGUUCUCCGAUGAUGCAAGACCAACCCUGGUAGUCGUCACUACUGCGGACGUGGCUGGAAGCAGUGUGAGGUCUGCCACUACAGAAGCUCUUGCCGGAGCAUGGAGUAAAGUCAAGCCUGAGAUCGCCGUGGAAAUCUCCAAGUCAGUCGUAGAUGCUCUAGCGACUGCCAGGAAAGCUGCGGAUUUGGAUCCUGGAAGCGUUGUCUGCGUCACUGGCUCACUGCAUCUGGUUUCGGCCGUGCUCAACUUGGUCAGUGCGUGACAUUCGCUCCUCGGGAAGGUUGGAGCUGUGAAAGGAUAAGUAUGUCAUCCGGAUUAGAUAUCAGAGUUCUCUCCAAAGUCUUCGAUUCGAUAUAACAUAAGUCUUUGUUUGAGGUCCCAAUAACAAAAUAUUCUCGCAGAUCAAAAAGGCCCCGCAAAAGCGUGACAUUUGGGUGUGCCAAGAUCAAAAAGGCCCCGCAGGUGUGCCAAGAACGACCGCGCUGGUAAAACUUCCCUGUGAAUGUGAGAGGAGUUGACAAAAGCUCAUGUGAUGAUCAUAAACUUUGCAUAGCUGGAAAUUUGGCUUCCUUUCCUUCUUCCCGAGAAGCUGUUUUCCACCGCGGGGCAUUCCUAUAAACAAUUCUUUCACGUCAUGUGGAACUUCUCACCGUA